UCGGCGGCCUGCGCGCUGUUGGUACGGUCGGCGGGGAUACGGGCAACCACGGCCGGCGCUCAAGUUUCCCGGGCAGGAAGCGCGGGGCGAGCCGGAAAGGCGCCGGGACCGUUGUCCGCUGGACAGGCGACGGUCGGGCGCGGACUGCGAUAUGCAGAGCAUAAACCUGGGCAACAAGGAGAGCGGCAAGAUAUGGCACCGCAAACCAUCCCCGGCCACUCGGGACGGAAUUAUAGUGAACAUCAUUCACAACACUUCUGACUACCUGCCCAAAGUUUUACGAUUUUUGAAUGUGGCUUUUGAUAGCUCAGGUGAUUCUUUAAUUGCUGGGGACCAUCAAGGAAAUAUCUAUGUUUUUGACUUGUAUGGAAACAGGUUUAAUCUUGUUCAGCGAACAUCGCAAGCCUGCACAGCUCUGGCCUUUAAUCUUCAUAGGAAGUCUGAAUUCCUUGUGGCGUUAGCUGAUUAUUCUAUUAAGUGUUUCGAUACAGUCACCAAGCAGCUAGUUAGCUGGAUGAGAGGACAUGAAUCGUCGGUGUUCUCGAUCUCUGUGCACGCAUCCGGGAGAUACGCCAUCACUACUUCUUCUGAUACAGCACAGCUAUGGGACUUGGAUACCUUUCAAAGAAAAAGAAAGCUGAAUAUUCUCCAGUCUGUGGGUAUACAAAAGGUUUUCUUUCUACCACUAACUAAUACCAUCCUGAGUUGUUUUAAAGAUAAUUCCAUCUUCGCCUGGGAAUGUGAUACUCUUGUUUGCAAAUAUCAAUUACCAGCUCCACCCGAAAGCUCUAGUAUAUUAUACAAAGUGUUUGCUGUGACCAGAGAUGGCCAAAUCCUGGCUGCUGGGGGCAAAUCGAACCAUCUUCAUUUGUGGUGCUUGGAAGCCAAACAAGUAUUUAGAAUUAUCCAGAUGCCCACCAAAGUUCGAGCCAUUCGCCACCUAGAAUUUCUUCCUGAUAGUUUUGAUGCUGGUUCUAAUCAGGUUCUUGGAGUGCUCUGUCAGGAUGGCAUUAUGAGAUUUGUUAAUAUACAGACUUGUAAACUUCUCUUUGAAAUUGGGAGCCUUGACGAAGGAAUUAGUUCAUCAGCAAUUAGCCCCCAUGGACGGUACAUUGCAUCUAUUAUGGAAAAUGGAAGUCUGAACAUAUAUUCAGUUCAGAUUUUAACAAAAGAAAUAAAUAAGCCACCUCCUCCUUUAGUGAAAGUGAUUGAAGAUUUGCCUAAGAGGAAAGUGAAUUCUGGUGAUCUUAAGAUGAAAGUAACAUCAGGAAGAGUACAGCGGCCAGCAAAAUCAAGGGAAAACAAAAUACAAGCUAGAAUAUUAAAACAAGACCUGACUGGUAAUUUUGAAAAUAAAAAGAAUGAGUUUUCAGAUGGAUUAAACAAAAAGCGUUUACAAAUCUUAUUAAAAGGCUAUGGUGAAUAUCCAACGAAAUACAGAAUGUUCAUUUGGCGCUCUCUGCUACAGCUGCCUGAAAAUCAUACUGCAUUUAGUAACCUUAUAGAUAAAGGUAUUCAUGUGGCAUUUCUCAACCUUCAGAAGAAAUACCCCAUCAAAAGUAGGAAACUACUCAGAGUAUUACAGAGAACCCUCUCCGCAUUAGCUCACUGGUCCACCAUCUUUAGUGAUACACCGUAUCUUCCACUUCUGGCAUUUCCAUUUGUAAAAUUGUUCCAGAACAACCAGCUCAUCUGUUUUGAAGUUGUUGCUACUCUUAUAAUCAAUUGGUGUCAACACUGGUUUGAAUAUUUUCCUAAUCCUCCUAUCAAUAUUCUUAGUAUGAUAGAAAAUGUUUUGGCAUUUCAUGACAAGGAACUCCUGCAACACUUCAUAAAUCAUGAUAUAACUUCCCAGCUGUAUGCAUGGCCUCUUCUUGAAACUGUGUUCUCAGAAGUACUGACCAGAGAGGAGUGGCUAAAAUUAUUCGAUAAUGUCUUUUCCAACCAUCCUUCAUUCCUCCUGAUGACUGUUGUGGCCUACAACAUAUGUUCUAGAGCUCCUUUGCUCAACUGUAAUCUUAAAGAUGAUUUUGAGUAUUUUUUUCACCAUCGGAAUAACCUGGAUAUAAGUGCUGUAAUUAGAGAAGUUUAUCGUCUCAUGGAUACCACGCCCACUGAUAUUCAUCCAGACAGCAUGCUUGAUGUUUUUGUGGCACUGACAAAAGGGCAAUACCCAGUAUUUAAUCAAUAUCCAAAGUUUAUUGUGGACCGUCAGACACAGGAACGAGAAAGAAUAAGAAUAAGGGAUGAUGAACUGGAUUACUUAAGAGAGAGGCAGGCAGUUGAAGACAUGCAAGCUGAACUAGACCAGCAAAGAGUUGAAGAUGAAGCUUGGUACCAAAAACAGGAACCACUUCGUAAAGCUGAAGAAACAAGGAGAGAAACGCCCUUACAAGAGGAGGAGAUGAUGAUACAGCAAAGACAAAAACUAGCUGCUGUGAAAAGAGAGUUGAAAGUAAAGGAAGUGCACUUACAAGAUGCUGCAAGAAGGCGUCUUCUGCAGCUUCAGCAAGAACAGCAUGAAAUGGAGCUAAGAAGACUGGAUGAUGAAAUUGAGAGAAAGGUACAUAUGAGAGAUCGAGACAUUGUUGCCACAGCCAGAGACCUAGAAGUGAGACAUCUGGAACUCGGAUCACAAAAGAGCCUUCACGAGAAGUCACGAUGUUCAACAGUUUCCCCUGAUGGUUUUCAGCAGACAUCCCCAGGGAAAAGGCUACAGAAUCUCACUAGAAAUCAAGAAGCUAUUGCAAAAGAAAUGAGAGAAGAUGCAGACGCCAAUAAACGAAAAGUGGAUCUUGAAGAUCACAUGUUUCAUAGACCGAUAGGAACAGAUCAAACUCAGAACCAAAACACUCAGAAGUUAAUUGAAGAAAAUUUGGCAAAAGCUGAACAAGCAUGUCUAAAUACUGACUGGCGAAUUCAAGCUUUACAUAAACAAAGAUGCGAUGAUCUACACCGAAAUGAAUGUUACCAGGAAGUAGCCAAACUGCUUCGGAAAAACAGAAAGAAAGAAAUGGAAGUAUUAAAUGCAGUGAUGGAGGGGGAAGCUAAAAAGCGGGAGGAAGCUGAAGAACAAGACUUUCAUUUGAAAUCAGAAAAGAAAGCUGCUGCUCCUUCAGAUGCCUCUAGAAGGUGUUUCCUAGAGAAUGAGAUACACGCUCAACAUCCGUGUCAUAAAGUGCCCAGGUGCCAAGAUGAAUGGGUCGCCUCAGGCUGUUUGCCUAGAACCUCACAGUUAAAAGACAUUUCUGAAAUGGAGUCCUUGACACAGAUUUCAUUAAACCAAAGAAAAACACAUUGGGACACCAUGGAAUGGGAUCUUAUGGAGAGAGUGAGAAAUCUCCGCCAGAGACUCGCCACCCAGGCUCGAAACAGAUGUCAAACGCCUCAUCUUUUGGCUACUUAGGAGGCUGGUCACCUUGAGAGAGUCAAAGAGCGAGAUACCUAUUUUGCAAUCAGUGACACUGAUUUUCAGAUUAUUUAUUUUGAAUUCCUAUAAAGAUCAACCUUUUGUAUGAAAAAUAUGUGUGUAUAAAAAUUAUGUGUUCUCCUUAAUUCUGGUGCUUUGGGACUUGUAAAUGGCUUAUUGUACUUUUCACAAUAAAAAAAAUGUGAAGCUUUUAAAGCUUUGUAUUAGGCCCUUUCAGGUUUCAAGGACCAGCAUAAACCUCAGGAACUUUAGUGGAUGAGGUUUUAUUUUAAAGGUGAACGGAGAAAUAAAGAACACGACACCACCUCAGCAGCUGUGCAGCCAGGACUGAGCCAGAACUCAGCAGCAGCGCCAGAGCGCGAGCAGUGAGGAGAGGCCCACCUGCCAGCCCCUCUGCCCCCAGCAGCUGGUCCCCCCCUCGCCCGCGAUCCACCGUACCAGCAGCACCCAGGCCACUGUCUCCUCUUCUCCUGACGGCACCGGCUCAGCGCCACAACAGGGCUGCUCCCGGCUUCAGCAUCUUGGCAAAUUACUUCCCUGAACCCAUUUCUAAAGGGAGAGUAGAAACAGCACGUGGUCUUUGAUGUAAAGAUUAAAUAAGAUCAUGUAUAUAAAGUUCCUGA